AUCGGCCGAGAGAGGCGUCGCACUCGUGACGGGAUCGGCCUAGAGAGGCGCCGCACAGGUGAGGGGAUCGGCCGUGAGAGGCGCCGCACUCGUGAAGGGAUCGGCCGUGUUCCACGACCUGCACUGCCUCCAGUAGCGACGUCCCGGCCUAUGCUGUCUGCGAUCGCGACGAUCGGUGUAGAGGUACUACCCAGGCUACCGGUAGUGCAACGUGGCAAGAAUCUGGCCUUUUGUGUGAAGAGAAAAAGUGAAGAAAGCUCGUCUCCAUCGACAGUGUCAAGCAAAGAAAGCAUGCACAAGUAACGGGAGCCGCCGAAGAUUCUUGGCUAUCUUCCUCCGUCGGUCUGAUUGUUUCCCUUUUUGGCCAUGUGGACUGCUUCCCCCAUGGCCGUAAGGCAGAUGCGAGUGAUGCGGUUUUUCCUAUUCGGAACAUUUUGCACCCAGUGAGAGGAGGAGCCUGCUGCACUCAGGGAAAGCGGAAUUCUGUGCCCAGGGGGGGAGAUAUUUUGCCCCACCACCACUUAUAAAUCCAGUAUGGAUGGUAAUAAGCGUCGGGCAGCUUACGGUCAGCAGCAACAACAGCAGGGGGGAGGGGCCGGUCCGCCCCAGAAGAGACCCUACAGCAGUAGCAACAACAAUGGGGUGUCGGCGAGUUACGGUAAUGGGAGGGGUGGCGGUCCUCCACCUUCCAUGCCACCGCAGAGACAUCUGGAGGAAGAAGAUGAUUACGACGAGGAUGUUUUUUUGGAAGAGACUUUGCUCCGCGAUGCAGAGAUGGCCGAGGAAGGGCGAGAGGUGGCUGAGAGGAUGGCCAAGUGGCGGCGUCCCCAGCUGCCGCCCACUGACCGAACCAAGGACUCCAUUUUGUUCCAGCAGCUGGAUAUUGACUAUGUUGUCGGAGAGGCUGACAAAGAAUGGCUCCCAAGCCGCGGUCAAGCUGCUAUCAUCCGUAUGUUUGGUGUGACGGAGAAUGGGAACAGCGUGUGCGCUCUUGUGCACGGAUUUGAGCCGUACUUCUACAUCACAUGCCCACCGGGAUUCGGGCCUGAUGAUGUGGAAUCGUUCCGACGCUUGUUGAAUGACCUGAUGCGGGAACACAACAAGGCGAAGCACGGCUGUUCCGUUUUUGUAGCGGCAGUCUCAAUGGUCACUCGCCAAAGCCUUCUCUAUUUCCAGAAAACCAAGCAACGGACCUUCUUGAAGAUUGUGAUGACGCUGCCCGCUUACGUGGCGGCCUGCAGAGACAUCCUGGAGCGAGGCAUCCAGAUCAGCGGCCUGGGAUAUCAGAGUUUCACGACGUUCGAGAGCAACGUGUUGUUUGCACUACGCUUUAUGAUUGAUUGCAACAUCGGCGGGGGUAGCUGGGUGGAGCUGCCGCCAGGAAGUUACCGGUUCAAGUCCCAGCAGCUUUCUUAUUGCCAGUAUGAAGUGGAUGUGAUGUAUGAUAAAAUCAUAAGUCACCCGUCGGCAGGGCGGUAUGGAAAGUUGGCACCUGUGCGGAUUCUCAGCUUCGACAUUGAGUGCGCUGGACGGAAGGGACAUUUUCCCGAGCCCGAGCACGAUCCUGUUAUCACCAUAGCCAGCUUGGUGACCUUGCAAGGAGAGCAAAGACCGCUCGUGCGGAAUGUGCUGACACUGAAGCAGUGCUCGCCGAUAGUUGGAGCGGAAGUCAUGUCCUUUGAGACGGAAAGAGAUCUGCUGCUGGCGUGGAGAGACCUCAUUCGUGAGGUGGAUCCUGACCUAAUGAUAGGCUAUAACAUCUGCAACUUCGACUUGCCCUAUCUGAUCGACAGAGCGCAAACGUUGAAGAUCAACGAAUUCCCUUUCCUGGGGAGGAUACGUUUCAGCAAGCUUCGCAUGCGCGACACGACGUUCUCUUCCAAAGCGUAUGGGACACGUGAGAGCAAGGAGGUGACGAUCGAAGGACGAGUGCAGUUCGACGUCCUCCAGGCCAUGCAGCGCGACUACAAACUCAGCUCGUAUUCUCUGAAUGCUGUGUCCGCGCACUUCUUGGGGGAACAAAAGGAGGAUGUACACCAUUCUAUCAUCUCCGAUCUCCAGAACGGCACGCCGGAGACCCGAAGGAGACUGGCUGUUUAUUGUCUCAAAGAUGCUUAUCUGCCUCAGAGGCUAGUCGACAAGCUGAUGUACAUGUACAAUUACAUAGAGAUGGCGAGAGUAACCGGGGUGCCAUUCUCCUUUCUGCUUGCACGCGGCCAGAGUAUCAAGGUGAUGUCUCAGAUUCUGAGAAAAGCCCGGCAGCGCGGAAUGGUCGUUCCGGCGCUUAAGGUUCAGGGGGGCAGCCAGGACUCCUCCUAUGAGGGUGCCACAGUGCUCGAGGCUAAUCAGGGCUUCUACGAGAAGCCGAUCGCUACCCUUGACUUUGCUUCCCUGUACCCCUCUAUCAUGAUGGCCCAUAACCUCUGCUACUGCACUCUUGUGCGGAAGGAAGACGUCUCCUCUUUGCCCCUAGAGUCCGUUGAGAAGACGCCCACAGGCGACAUCUUUGUCAAGCCUCAUCUUGAGAAGGGAAUCUUGCCGGAGAUUCUUGAAGAGCUUCUUGCUGCCAGGAAGAGAGCCAAGGCUGAUCUGAAACUUGCCACGGAUCCGCUCGAGAAGGCCGUGCUAGAUGGGCGUCAACUGGCACUUAAGAUCAGUGCGAACUCAGUUUACGGCUUCACUGGCGCUACGAUCGGCAAGCUCCCGUGUCUUGAAAUCUCGGCGUCUGUCACAGGGUACGGCCGCGAGAUGAUCAUGCACACCAAAAAGCUGGUACAGGAGCGCUACUGCAUCGGCAACGGCUGCGAACACGACGCCGAGGUAAUAUACGGUGACACUGACUCGGUUAUGGUGAAGUUUGGCGUUUCGUGCAUCGAGGACGCGAUGAAGCUGGGAAAAGAAGCUGCCGACUUCAUUAGCAGCACCUUCCCGAAGCCCAUCAGAUUGGAGUUUGAGAAGGUUUAUUACCCAUACCUGCUCAUCAGCAAGAAGCGCUACGCUGGCUUGCUGUGGACGAAGCCGGAGAAGUACGACAAGAUGGACACGAAAGGCAUUGAGACCGUGAGGCGGGAUAACUGCAUGCUGGUGAAAAACCUUGUUAACGAAUGCUUGCACAAGAUACUCAUCGAGCGAGAUAUCCCGGGCGCGGUGCAGUACGUCAAGAACACAAUCACCGACCUUUUGAUGAACAGAAUGGAUCUGUCCUUGUUGGUCAUCACAAAGGGACUGACCAAAACAGGAGAAGAUUACCAGGUCAAGUCUGCGCACGGGGAGUUGGCCGAGAGGAUGCGCAAGAGGGAUCCGGCGACUGCUCCCAGCGUGGGCGAUCGGGUGCCAUACGUCAUUAUCAAGGCCGCCAAAGGUGCCAAGGGUUACGAGAAAUCAGAAGACCCUAUUUACGUUCUCGAAAACAACAUCCCCAUCGAUGCACAGCAUUACCUCGAAAAUCAACUCAGCAAGCCGCUGCUGAGGAUAUUUGACCCCAUCUUGAAAAACGCGAGCAAGGAGCUCUUGCACGGCGAUCACACCCGCUCGGUGUCCAUAGCCACCCCGUCAGUCGGCGGCAUGAUGAAAUACGCAAAGAAACGCAGAAGUUGUAUGGGCUGCAAAGCACCCCUUGCCGACGAGGACAACACGCUCUGCAGCCACUGCCAGGGGCGGGAGGUGGAACUCUAUCACAAGUGCGUCACAAAGGUGCGUGACCUCGAAGAGACAUUUGGUCGACUCUGGACGCAGUGCCAGCGAUGUCAAGGAAGUCUACACCAGGAUGUCCUAUGUACCAGCCGCGAUUGCCCGAUCUUCUAUCGGCGAAAGAAGGCGCAGAAGGAUCUGGCGGAAGCGGAUGCCCAACUGAGUAGAUUCCAGUUCUAGUACACGAUGGCUAAUGUUUCCGAUGCAUUCUUCAAAUCUUUGGAUCAGUCCACCUGUACCUGGAUAUUUUACAGUCCAGGUACAUGUUCAACAUUGAGUAGUGGAGGGAGGCCCCAUUCAUGACUCCCUUCUCUCAAACUCCCCCGGCCUUUUCUUUGCUCCGUUGGUUCUUCUACUCAGUGGAUUCAUUCAUGCCUCUUCUGUGUUUUGCAGAGUCGUGACGGGAAGGCUUCUUAGUUGUUCGAUAAUACCAACAGCAGCAGCGAUCGUCAGCCACGUAGUCUUGUCCUCGGUCUACAUGUAACUGAUGCCAUUUGUAA